CGUGCGCUCACGGGGCUCGUGACGUUCCGGUGCUAACCGACGGGAGUCGGGAGAGGAGAGCUUUACUACACCGAGAAGAAGCAGAGCGAGUGCGGCAGUACACCAGAGGGACGCUGGACAAGGAAGAAGUGGCCAGUCCCUUAACAUAUUAAGGCAAAACCUGGGAAAACGAGAGCUUGUUGUUAUUCUCCUCAGUCAGUGAGUGUGUUUGUAGAUGAACCCGGAGCAUGUCACUAUGACAACGUUUGGACUUUACACAGUAGCCUUCUUCUUCAUCUCAGUAACGUUAGGCGCUGCUCUGUAGAUAUCAUAAUCGCAGUAGUCGCGGAGGACUGCCAGUUGUCAAGCCGUAGAAGAAGAAGCCGUAGAAGACAGUCAUGGAUCAGAGACUUGCUACAAUGAUCAGCUAGCGUCUUGUGUGCCCAUUCUUCAAGAUUAGAGGAGAAAGCGGAGACAGCACACCUGGAGCAGAAUGGAUUUGAGUAGCAUCAGGAAGCUCAUCACUCGAUACUGUACAGGAGAGGAGAGCUGGGUGGACAGCAGGACGGUUUAUAUUGGACAUAAAGAGCCUCCACCAGGAACAGAAGCGUACAUUCCACAGAGAUUUCCUGACAACAGAAUUGUAUCCUCAAAGUAUACUUUCUGGAAUUUUAUACCGAAGAAUCUCUUUGAGCAGUUCAGAAGAAUCGCCAAUUUCUAUUUUCUGAUCAUCUUUCUAGUGCAGCUGAUCAUUGACACACCUACCAGUCCUACGACCAGCGGUCUGCCUCUUUUCUUUGUCAUCACGGUCACAGCCAUUAAACAGGGCUAUGAGGACUGGAUCAGGCACAAAGCGGACAAUGCUAUAAACCAAUGUCCAGUUCACGUCAUCCAGCAUGGCAAAGUCGUACGCAAACAGAGUCAAAAGCUACGGGUGGGUGAUAUUGUCCAGGUUAAAGAGAAUGAGACAUUCCCAUGUGACCUCAUACUGCUCUCCACCAGUCGAGAAGAUGGAACAUGUUUCGUCACGACAGCCAGCUUAGAUGGAGAGUCCAGCCAUAAGACCUAUUAUGCAGUUCAGGACACAAAGGCAUUCAACACAGCGGAGGAGGUGGACACACUACACGCUACGAUAGAAUGCGAACAACCCCAGCCAGACCUGUACAAAUUUGUGGGACGCAUCAAUAUUUAUUUGGAUCGAGACGAGCCCAUCGCGAGACCCCUGGGUUCUGAGAACCUGCUGCUACGUGGAGCCACACUGAAAAACACUGAAUACAUACAUGCUGUGGCCAUCUAUACGGGCAUGGAAACCAAGAUGGCCCUCAACUACCAGUCCAAGUCUCAGAAACGCUCCGCUGUUGAAAAGUCUAUGAACGCCUACCUGAUUGUGUACCUCUGCAUUCUGAUCAGUAAAGCUCUGAUCAAUACUGUCCUGAAGUAUGCCUGGCAGGCCAACCCAAACAGAGAUGAGCCCUGGUACAACCAGAAAACUGAGACUGAGAGGCAACGGCAUGUAUUAAUCCGGGCAUUCACAGAUUUCCUUGCCUUCAUGGUUCUGUUCAACUACAUCAUUCCUGUGUCCAUGUAUGUGACUGUGGAGAUGCAGAAGUUCCUUGGCUCAUACUUCAUCCUGUGGGACGAUGACAUGUUUGAUGAGGAGCUCGGAGAGGGACCGCUCGUCAAUACCUCAGAUCUUAAUGAAGAACUUGGACAGGUGGAAUAUGUCUUCACAGACAAGACUGGCACUUUGACAGAAAAUAACAUGGAGUUGAGGGAAUGUUGUGUGGAUGGGCAUGUUUACGUGCCACAUGCUGUCUGUAAUGGGCAGAUCUUACCUGGAGCUGCCGGAAUGGAUAUGAUCGACUCCUCUCCUGGCGUAGAUGGAAAGGAGCGAGAGGAGCUGUUUUUCCGUGCGCUGUGCCUCUGUCACACAGUCCAGGUGAAGGAAGAGGAGACGGUGGAUGGCAUUAAGAGAGGAAUCCAUCAGGGCAAAUCCACCUCCUUCUACAUCUCCUCCUCUCCAGAUGAGGUUGCGCUGGUGGAGGGCAUGAACAGGUUGGGCUUCACCUAUCUCCGUCUGAAGGACAGUCACAUGGAGAUCCUCAACAGAGAGGAUGAGAUGGAGAGAUUUGAGCUGUUGGAGGUGUUGAACUUUGAUUCAGUGAGGAGGAGAAUGAGUGUUAUCGUAAGAUCAAGCUCAGGAGAGUACUAUUUGUUCUGUAAAGGUGCGGAUUCUUCUAUUUUUCCACGGGUGGUUUCUGGAAAGGUGGAGCAGGUCAGAGCGCGAGUAGAGCACAACGCUGUGGAGGGCUUACGGACUCUUUGUGUUGCUUAUAAGAAGCUGACUCAUGAGGAGUAUGAGGAAACGUGCCGUCUCCUCAACAGCGCUAAACUAGCUCUGCAUGAGCGGGACAAGAAACUGGCUGAAGCUUAUGAUGUCAUCGAAAAGGAUUUCAUCCUGCUGGGAGCCACGGCUGUGGAAGAUAGGCUGCAGGAUAAAGCAGCCGACACCAUUGAGUCCCUGCACAAGGCUGGUAUGAAGGUUUGGGUCCUCACAGGGGACAAAAUGGAGACGGCAGCAGCCACAUGCUAUGCUAGCAGGUUGUUCCAUCGCAAUACACAAAUCCUGGAACUGACAACCAAGCGGACAGAGGAGCAGAGUCUCCACGACGUCCUGUUCGAUCUGAGCAGAACUGUCCUGAGACAGCAUGGCAGCAUGACCAGGGACACUUUCUCAGGGCUCUCAGGUGAUUGCCAAGACUAUGGUCUGAUAAUCGAUGGGGCGACACUGUCAGCUGUUCUGAAGCCAACACAGGAAGGAACCAGCAACGGAGGGAACUAUAAGGAGAUUUUCUUGGAAAUCUGCAGGAACUGCAGUGCUGUUCUCUGCUGUCGCAUGGCACCCUUACAAAAAGCACAGAUUGUUAAGCUGAUAAAAGCAUCAAAAGAACACCCCAUCACGCUGGCCAUCGGGGACGGAGCCAAUGAUGUCAGCAUGAUUCUGGAAGCUCACGUGGGCAUAGGGAUCAUGGGUAAAGAGGGGCGUCAGGCGGCCCGUAACAGCGACUAUGCAAUUACCAAGUUCAAACACCUGAAGAAGAUGCUGCUGGUUCACGGACACUACUACUACAUCAGGAUCGCUGAGCUGGUCCAGUACUUCUUCUAUAAGAAUGUGUGCUUCAUCUUCCCUCAGUUUCUCUAUCAGUUCUUCUGUGGCUUCUCUCAGCAGCCACUGUAUGACACGGCAUACCUGACCCUGUACAAUAUCAGCUUCACCUCAUUACCCAUCCUCCUCUACAGUCUGAUGGAGCAGCACAUCAACAUAGACAUCCUCAAACGGGACCCUACUCUCUACAGAGAUAUUGCCAAGAAUUCCCUCCUGAGAUGGCCCACCUUCAUCUACUGGACAUUUCUGGGAAUUUUUGAUGCCGUGGUCUUCUUCUUUGGUGCUUUCUUCCUUUUCGACAACACAACCUUCACCAGCAACGGACAGCUAAUGGCCACCAACACACAGAUGAUGUUUGGAAACUGGACCUUUGGAACACUUGUAUUCACCAUCCUGGUGUUCACGGUCACGCUAAAGCUUGCCCUGGACACACAUUACUGGACGUGGAUCAACCACUUUGUCAUAUGGGGGUCACUGCUUUUCUAUGUCAUCUUCUCCCUCCUGUGGGGAGGCAUCAUUUGGCCUUUCUUGAACUAUCAGAGGAUGUACUAUGUGUUCAUGCAGAUGUUGUCCAGCGGUCCUGCAUGGCUCAGUAUCAUUCUGCUGAUUAUAGUCAGUCUGCUGCCUGAUGUGGUAAAGAAAGUGUUGUGUAGAGCUCUAUGGCCCACCACCACAGAGAGAAUACAGAAUGCCGAUAAGUUGUAUAAGGGCCACCUGUCUGAGUUCACCCCCCUGUCCUCCCUCCAUGCUCCACCUGUGCGGAAACACGACAGACAUGGCAACGAACACCAGAAGCACACCCAUCGCAGAACAAACUGGUGUUGCCUUUGUGCAAACCUGUUAUCGAGGAACACUCCAUAGCCUGCGAUUGUCUUUGUCCAAUUGCAUUGUAAGUGGCUAAAUUUGGCCAUUUCUGUUGCUGCACUGUACUAGAGAGAACUCGGUGUGUAUGUGCAUGUGUGUGUGUGCGAGUGUGAAAGUAGGCCUUUGUUAGAACAACUACAAGAAGACAAAUUGUAACUGGACUGUCAUUAUGUUUCACCCUUAACUUUCAAAAAGGUGGAAAUCCACUCAUGUUCUACUGUUCCAAAGUUUGUAAAACCGUUGACUUGUGUCAUUAUGACAACCGGUUACUCCUUCCUAGCUGCUUGACGAUUUGCUUUAAGAUUCUGUAGUUCCUUACGUAUAAUCAGUCCUUUAGUUUUUUAGUGUAGAACCAGAUACAGAAUGCUAAAGGCUACGCUAGCCACCUUAGCUUGACUGUUCUGCCUUAAUGCUAAUGUUUCCCAUCUUUUACACCGCAGUUUGGAACCAAAGGUUGUGAAAUACGGAGUAUUUAAAUGUGCGUUAGUUGCCUUAUGCUUAAAGAGAAAUAGAAGGAAGGUGUUUGAUGGCAUUAGAAGAAUCCCACCACACUGCCUUAAGUUGACAUUGCACCAGUUAAGAAUGGAGGCCGAAAAAAAGUAGUAUUCGACAUCAUCCAGUGCCACCAACAUGGCCCAGGGCUCCUGAAGAUAAACUAAUGAAAUUUAACAGUUCUGUUGGUGUAAACAUCUUUGUGCAUGCACAAAAAGUACAAAUUAACGUCCUCAUCAGCAUACUUUCAUGAUUGUAUCGUCCUAUUUGACAGUCCCCAAAGCCUUUUGUCUGUAUUAAUGUAACUGUUGGAGCCCUGUGCUGGGUUGCUAUAAUUUCUUUGUUGCACAUUACUAAUUUAUGAUCUGAUAUAAAUAAGUAAGAUGUAAUUAACCUGUGAUACUGUUCACGGACAACUCAUUAAACUAACAGCCCAAUCAAGGUCAGCAUCACAGACGGCCUAUCUUGGCCCCUAUGUUCACAGAAAUGGCUCUUUUCUAGUGUGCAUAACACAGAAGAUGAGCUUUUUAAAAUAAUUCUCAGCAAAUGUGCCUCACACCUGUUUAAAAUGACAUUUUCAUAAACAUAUUGUGAAGUGCAUUCAAUUCCAUCUCCGUCUUGUCAGUGAAUUCAAAUUCACAUUGAUUUGAUUUGAAUUUGAAUCGGGUGUGAAUGCAAUUCAGUUUAAAUUCCAGAUAACACUAUAACAAAUUAAAUGAACCUGAUGACUUACCUAUUUAAUAUAUCAUUCUCAUAAAAAUAUUGUGAAGUAUGUUCAGUUCCAUCUCCGUCACGUCAAUGAAUUCAAAUUCACAUUGAUUGGAAUUUAGUGUGAAUGCAAUUCAGUUUAAAUUCCAGAUGUUACACUGUAACAGAUUGAACACCGGAUGACUUACCUGUUUAAUAUAUCAUUCUCAUAAAAAAUAUUGUGAAGUACGUUCAAUUCUAUCUAUGUCCAGUGACUGAAUUCAAAUUCACAUUGAUUUGAAUUGAGUGUGAAUGCAAGUUUAUAUUCCAGGUAACACUGGAAUGGAAAUGGAACUAAACCAAACUAAAAAUCAGACCAUUUGAUCAUCAAAACUACAUCCGUUUGUCUGCAUGACUCUUUCCCUGCUGUCCUUCACAUUUCAUGCCAUUUUUUUUUCUCUCGUUUUGUUUCUGCUCACAUUGAUUCUGGAAUGUAGUGUUGCUUUCCUGGAGCAUCAUCUCUUCAUCUCGACUUCUUUCUUCGCAUGUGUUUCCUUCGCUCACCCUGUCAUUCAGUUCUCGUGAUGAGGCCAGUCACCCAUUUCACUAUUUUAACCAUCAUCCAUGACAGAGAGAGAAAUUAGGUGAUGUCAAAGACCAUCAAGACCACCGUUUUGAUGGUUACUCCAAGCUUCUUGUGGGUAGGUGCCUUCUGGUGCUUUUUAACCUCAAUGUAUGUUCAUGCGUUCCGUUCAGUGAAGCGUGCACAUGCAUGUGUUUUCAUUGCCUGUCAGUCGGCCUGCAACAGAGAAUGCCAGAUUUAAAAAUGUCAUUAUGGGUAUAGCUAGUUUGUUAAAAGGUGUAAGAGUCAUUUUUGAACAAUGAUGUUAUAAUGUUGAUGAAAUGUCACAGAAUAGUAAAAACAGAAUGUCCUUUUUCAUGCACACAUUAUAUCUAUAUAUAGAAUAUAUUGAUGAGUAUAUUGAUGUCAAAAUGUAAAAAAAAAAAAAAGCUUUAACAGUCUGUUUUUUGUUUGAUGAUUUUAGAUAUGUUUGAGGUAGUUUUUAAGAUGACGUGCAUGGUCAUUGCUCACACUGACUGUAGGAAAUACACUCACUGUUGUUUAAAGCAGGUGUGACCAAAUAUUUGAUUAGAUGUCGACUGCUAUAACUGAAGGCUUUAUUGCCUGUAGUGGGGCUUCAUCUGUGCCAGCCUAUUCAGAUUAACUAAAUAUCUAAAGCUUUUUUUGUUUUAUCUGCACAAAGUGUGAUGUUGCUCAUAAAUGUAUUAUAUAUACAGUAUAUAUAUAUGUAUACUACUGUACACUUUACAGCAUAUGUAUGUAGUAAUAUUCAUGUACAGUUUGGGCUCCUUUUGUAUAAAGUUUUUAAAAGGUUGAUAUCUGUAGAUAUGUGAAUUUUUGCCAGGUUUUUUUUCUGUAGCUAUUAAUGGCAAGAAAAAGUCAACAUGC